CCUCAGCUCAACUCAUCUCAUCCAAUUCACAACAACCUAUACACACAAACGAAUAUAUAUCUGUAUCUUAGUUGUAUUGUAAUGGCACGAACAAAGCAAACAGCGAGAAAAUCGACGGGAGGAAAGGCCCCGAGGAAGCAGCUGGCGACAAAAGCGGCGAGAAAGUCGGCACCGGCAACCGGAGGAGUGAAGAAGCCCCACAGAUUCAGGCCAGGGACGGUGGCGUUGCGAGAGAUCAGGAAGUACCAGAAGAGCACUGAGCUUUUGAUCCGGAAGCUCCCGUUCCAGAGGCUUGUGAGGGAAAUUGCUCAGGAUUUCAAGACGGAUUUGAGGUUCCAGAGCUCUGCUGUGGCGGCGCUUCAGGAAGCGGCGGAGGCGUAUUUGGUGGGGUUGUUUGAGGAUACUAAUCUGUGCGCUAUUCAUGCGAAGAGGGUGACUAUUAUGCCCAAAGAUAUUCAGCUUGCUAGGAGGAUUCGUGGAGAGAGGGCUUAGAAGAUUGUUGUUUGGGGAAUUUAGCUUAUGGUUUAUGUUUUUCAGUUGGAGUUUAGUCUCAUGUAUAUCUUGAUGAUGUUUUAACCAUGAAUCAGAAAUUAUGUUUUGCCUAA